AUGACAUCGAAUGGCCUUCAUCCGAACAAACCUCAUCAUUCCUCGUUAUUCUCCGUCUUCCAUCGACGGAAAAGACAGUCAGCGACGCCCAUUGCCCCUCAAUCCACCAUUAAUUUGAGUGAAAUUGAGAAGAAAGACGGCCAGAAACCGCCUUCGGGGCCAAGGAAACAGAAAACAAAGAAAAACAACAUUGAUCUCAUAGAUGGUAUGAAGACAUCCCAAUCCCAGACACUAGUCAAAGACAAGAAGAAGAAGAAAAAGGAUCCCUUGGCCAAAGGGAAGGCCUUCUCAGCUGAUUGUAUCAACGAAUUAGACCCAGAUUACCUAACAGAGGCCUUACUGGCGAUUGGAGAUAAUCAACCAAUGGUGGCAAGGUAAUAAAGGGUGAAAGUAGUUACCGUAAUUUUCUUGCAGAUCAACUCCCAAACACGCAGUUUUACGCAAUACGGAGAAGAGGAUGGAACAAAGACAACGAAAGGAUUGCCUUUUCCAGCCAGAGGUCUACGAGAAGAUGUUGUCCGACUCCCUGGCUGUUUGUGAUCUCUUGACAUCCCAUUUGGAUGAAUGCAUAAGCACCGUCCGAUCGAGGAGUCCAAUAUUAGAACGAAAGUUAAUGAGUUCCCCUGUACCCGGUAAGUAAACAAAAUGUAAAAAUAAUUAUCGUGAUUUGUAUGUCAAUCAUCCGGCGACUUAAACCACAAUCUUUUGGUUUACUGCGUCUGUGGUGCGCAACAUGGGGCAGAUUGGGUAUUGGCCCAAUAUGUAUCCCAGUUGCAAAAUUGUUUGACCAGCUAGCCAAUGAGUUGAAAUGACAGCCAGUUUUUUUCAUGGAUCGGCUAGCCAAAGUGUCAGAAUAGCUGUGAGAUUUCCGCGGUCCACUAUGGGCUGACGUAAUGGGCCAAAACUGCAGACAUGGCUACGGGGCCGGGCCUCAAGAUGCCCAAGGUCCGGCCCGGCAGCCACGUCUGCAAAAAUGGUCUUUUGAAUACAUCUUCAUAUUUUCAGGAUUUGACUCCCUUCCUUACCCCGGUUCCCCUCUUCCUGCCCAUUCCGGUCCCUAUCCUCUCAAUACCAAGUCUCAGAAAGAUAGGAUACCUCCAAUCCGAUGA